AUGUCUGACACUGUUCCACGUUUGUAUGGUGCUACCAUGCACGCACCCGCCCAGCCUGGAUCGGCUGAUGAGUCACCUGGAAUUCCGAUAUCUCCCUUAGAAUUAGACUGGGAUACGUUCAUCGGGACAAAUCCCCGACCGGUAAACCUACCUGCCUACAUAUGCAGCGCUCGAGUUCCUGUCAGUAAUCGAGCGGCGGGAACUUUACAAAACUCGAUGGAGCAGACAGGUGACACUGAUGCGAGCCGUCGCGAAGAGGAUUCUGUCAAUCUUGAUCAAGAAGACGGUGCAAUUGACAUUGGGUACGAUGGAGAUACUGAAAGUCUCGACUUGCAUCUUUCUAAUGAGGAAGUAAAGACUGUACAUUACAUUAUUUGGAAGCUCCAGGACGAAACACUACCUGGAGAGAAUAGAACUGAGAGGAGAGUGUUUUUGCCUGCGGUACGACGUGAGUCCGACGAGAAAGCGAGUAGAGUCAUGGUCCCAUAUUAUUUUCUGGAGGGCAAAGAAUUUCACUUUCAGUCACUGUCAAACGAUCCCAAAACUCGGCAAGAGACAUUAGCCAGUAUAGUUCAAUCGAGAGGAUUUGAUCCAUUCAGUUGGGUUCGGACAGUCCGGGAGACGGGACAGGAGUAUCACCGAUGUUUUGGGCGCUUGACUCAAAUCCCCACCACCAUCUGGGCCAAGAUGGAGGAAAGUUGGAGGGAAGUGACAGGAGAGUAUGCGAGUGAAGAUUUUCGAAGGCCGAAAAAGUGGAAGAAGGCACGACGUCAUAUUUCAAAACCUCUGACUGAAACACAAUAUGGGGAGUUUGCUAGCCAAGGCCCAGUACCACUUCCCACUGAGGUUAUAAGAGCUUCUCGGAAAGAAUUCUAUUUGGUGGAAGGGCAGAGCAUUGGUAUGACUUCUCUUGUCCGCUGGCAGCCUAAACUUGUUCUGAAUCCGGCUCUCUCUACUCUCCCAUGGCAAGUGAGCAGGACGGCCCUCGAGAAGCUUAAGCUUCCGUCUCACAUCCUCACGUCAAAACAGGCUGAACAUGAGAAACCGGAACUUGACUUGGCCAUUUAUUGCAAGAUUGGUGAUAGUCCAGUAAGGUACUUUCAGGCAAAUUCCAACUGGACAUGUCCAGAGAAUGGAAUUAGUACUUUGUAUCCCAACCUUGACAAGGAGGGGAAGUUGCCAACUUUGGCACAACUGAUGGAAGAUCAGGGCUGGCAGACUUCUUGGACCAGUGGAAUUAUUGAUGAUUAUAACCAUUAUCUUGGACUCAAAUACUCUCUAAACAUGACUUUGGGGGCUGCCGCAAGCGGAUCCGACCCUGAGUAUGAAUGA